AUCCAGCGAAAGCCAGACAGAGUGCUUCCUGACCUGAAACGUUCUGUACGCCAAGUUGUUUCCGAUCGUUCUGAGACAGAGGAAGGGAAUUUUGCUUUUGCGCAACUUUUCUUUCUUUUUUUUUUUUAUUGUUAAUUUUUAUUUUGCACACACUGGGUCAGUGAAGUUGUGAUUCAUUUUUAGAGUUUAGACAGGGAGAGCAGCAGCAGUGCACGUCAGCCUCGCGCAGGGAGGAGCGGAGAAGAGGGCAGAAGUUUCCGCUGGGCUUGUUUUGUCACCGCGGGGCUGCUGGUGGUCAAUCCGCAGGAAUGUCGCACAAGGAGAGACCCGUUUUCUAUCGACAGGAGCUCAACAAAACCGUGUGGGAAGUCCCGCAGCGCUAUAAGAACCUGUCUCCGGUCGGCUCCGGUGCUUACGGAUCCGUGUGCUCGGCAUACGACGAGAAGACAGAACUGAAGGUGGCGGUGAAGAAGCUGUCCAGGCCUUUCCAGUCCAUCAUCCACGCAAAGAGAACGUACAGAGAGCUGCGGCUGCUCAAACACAUGAAGCACGAGAAUGUGAUCGGCCUCUUAGAUGUUUUCACCCCAGCAACGAGCUUAGAGGAGUUCAAUGAUGUAUAUCUGGUGACACACCUGAUGGGAGCAGAUCUAAACAACAUCGUCAAGUGUCAGAAGCUGACAGACGACCAUGUCCAGUUUCUCAUUUACCAAAUUCUCAGAGGCCUAAAGUACAUCCACUCAGCAGAUAUAAUUCAUAGAGACCUUAAGCCCAGUAACCUAGCUGUUAAUGAAGACUGUGAGCUCAAGAUCCUUGACUUUGGUUUGGCGCGGCAUACGGAUGACGAGAUGACGGGAUACGUAGCCACGCGGUGGUACCGAGCUCCUGAGAUCAUGCUCAACUGGAUGCACUACAACAUGACGGUGGACAUCUGGUCGGUUGGAUGCAUCAUGGCGGAGCUGCUUACCGGACGGACGCUUUUUCCAGGCACAGACCACAUUGAUCAGUUGAAGCUUAUAAUGAUGCUCGUCGGAACCCCAGGGCCCGAGCUCUUGAUGAAAAUCUCUUCAGAUUCUGCAAGGAACUACAUUAACUCUCUUCCUCACAUGCCCAAGAGGAACUUUGCUGAUGUGUUCAUUGGUGCCAACCCUCUUGCUGUGGACUUGCUGGAGAAGAUGCUGGUGCUGGACACGGAUAAGCGGAUCACAGCGUCGGAGGCUCUGGCCCACCCAUACUUCUCUCAGUACCACGACCCGGACGACGAGCCCGAGGCGGAGCCUUACGACCAGAGCUUUGAAAGUCGCGAUUUGGAAAUAGAGGAGUGGAAGAGCCUAACCUAUGAUGAGGUCCUCAGCUUCGAGCCGCCUCCUUUAGAUGAUGAGAUGGAAUCCUGAGUGCCGAGGAGCAUUUAUCUUCCUCUUUAUUUUGUUUUUAUUAUUAUUUCAAAGGAACACUCUUUUAAAACUAUCAAUCUCAUGUGACUAUCCAUUUGUUUCCUGCUCACAUGCCACAACCACGACAUUCAAGUGCCUGCCGUCAUUCGUACCUUGGGACGUUGUGAUAACGGCAACAAAAAAAUCUCAAGGCCAACUUUAACUCAUGCUUUUUUUUUUUGCUUACAGCAUUUAAUUUGUAGUUUUCAAUUUUUAUUCAUCAUGCUGGGAAAAACAAAAAAACAAAACAAAAAAAAACAUACGUGCCAGUAUCUGAAAACAUUUGCUGGACACUUAUCUGAAGAUUCACAUUUAUAAGGUUUUAAUACUUAGGAGAUAGCACAGUGGAGGGGACACAUUUUUAAAGGUAGUUUUUCUUUUACCCCAAAUGAUUAGUUGAAAUGUUAUUUCUGUGUAGAUAUUACAGCAAACAGUAUUUGUACAUAAGUAUUUUAGAGAUAGUUGCGUACUCAUAGACACUUUAACGGAUCUCUUCGACAGUAUGAAUUUCAUUACCAGAGUUCAUCCUAAAAUGGCCUAAAUUGACAAUGUAUGUAAUUUAUACCAGGUGUGUACAGAAUAUGAGGGGAAAGUAUACAAAUAAUUCAGAUAUCUGGGAAAAAAAAGAGGCUUUAUACUUGUUCUUAGCUUUGUUGACUUGUUCUUUUUUUUAGAAAAUGUUGCCUAUGAGAGUAUCACAUAUUCAUCCACUGUGUUUGUUUUUCUCCUCAUCCAUUUCUAAUAGCUCUACAGCUCCAAAAAUGAAUGUUUUAGCAGUCACCAAGCUCCAGUAUCACAGCAGCAUGUUGAAGACAGGGUUGGCUUAGUAAUUUAUUCAGAUCUGAUGUUUUCCCGCGAGAAACAUCGGCUGACGGCGUAAUUUAAUCCUAUUUGCGUUUAAUAAACCAUAUUACAUUUAUUGUGUGUUGAAUGUUAUUGGGCACCUGUUUGCUCUGUAUUUAUGAUCCUCUUAUGUUGUUUGUAUAUCAGUGUAAAAGAGAAUGUUAUUUGUCAGAAUUUAGGGUUGUUUUUGUUAUUUAUGGAGAGUCUCGUGUGUCAGUAUCCAAAAGCAUCAAAUAUCUGAUUUUUUUUUUUUUUUUUUUGGUUCCUCCUUUUUGGCCACAGUGACUGCAGUUACAGUUUGUGUAUCUAAGCAGACAGAGAGCCAUGCAGUCUAAGUUUUGAUAUCACAAUUGGCUGAUAAUUGAGUCCAUACCAUCCUGCCCCUAUGAUAGGCACAGGUUCUGAAAUCUGGAGCCUUGAUAAUGUGUUCAUACCUCUAUAACUUUUUUUUUUUUUUAUCUUGUUACAUUUCAAAACUACAUUUAAUGUGUUUUUUAUUGAAAUUUUGUGUAUCUGUGAACCUUAGUUUUUCCUGUCAUGCCACACUUCUUUAAUUGGACUUUGACUAGGCUAUUCUUACACAUAAAGAUGCAUUGUGGGUUUUUUUUUUUCCCAGUGGUGGAAAAUGUUUUUAUUGCAUAGCAUUUUACAUACUGAAAAAGGUCUACUGACCACAGAACCUCCCUCCACCUCUUGGCUGGAUCAUAAUCUGUGAAUUUCGCACUGCUUUCUGUUGGUCUAUCACGUGAAAUUUUGAUAAAAUAUGUUAAAGGUUGAGGUUAUAAAAUGAUAGAAAGGACAAAAAGAAAAAGUUCCAAGGGUAUGAGCACUUUUGAAAUCGUUUACAGCAUCCUUCAGAUCACUGAAGCGAAGAAUUUACUUGCAGUAGGAGGGAAGCAUUUUUCCAGUCAAAUCAUAUUUCUAUGCUGCACAUUACCGCACAGUUGCUCUGGCCAUGUCAUCCGAACGUCGUCGUAUAUCUCUUUCUUUUAAUUUCGCUUUGCUUAGUUCAUCUAGAUUUUACUUUUCCUGAUGCGCUAUUUUAUUCUGUGUUGAAUCCCAAUUGGAUGUCUGUGAUUUAUCCUGGGUUGAUUGUUUUAGGGAUUUUUAUUUUAUUAUAUUUGUAGUAGGUGGAUCACAAGCAUCAAAAUGUUCAUUUAAUGUAAUAUUCAAACAGGGCACAUAAGUGGUUCUUUCUCACUGCAUCCUGUAGGGCAGCGCUCAGGUCAUAGUUUUUUUUUUUAAACACAUAUUCAUCAAUCAAAUACAGAUCUUAAUCUCCAGGUCCAAAUGUCACAUUGAUUUGGUUUGCUUGCUUUACCUGAAAGAACUUUUAUGUAUUUUUCAGCGAGUUCUUCAUCCCAUUGUACUAAGACAGCAAGACCAUGCUUUCUGUAAAUAUAAAACCAUCAGAAAAUAAAGGCUACUAUUUUUCA